AUGCUGCGCUGCUCCGUCCUCUGCUCGCUGCUGCUGGCGCUCAGCUCGGCCGCCGUGCUGCGUGUGCCCAUGAUAAAGCGCAGCGACGACGAUUUCAUGUCCUCCCUGUUACACGACGUGCACGCCAUGCAGCGCCCCGUCGUGUGGAGCCCGGACGCGUCCCCAUUAAACCACGACGAGGGCCAGCCUAGUGUCGAGGGCUCGGCCAACGUCGUGAUCCGCGACUUCCAGAACGCUCAGUACUACGGGGAAAUCUCCAUCGGAACGCCGCCCCAGCCCUUCGCAGUCAUCUUCGACACCGGCUCGAGCAAUUUGUGGGUCCCCGACAAAAAGUUUGGCUCGCAUAAUGUGUACGACCACGACAAGAGCAGCACGUACAAACCCAACGGCACAGCCUUCGACAUCAUGUACGGCAGCGGUCCCGUCUCGGGCUUCUUGUCGCAGGAUACACUGGAGCUAGGCGGACUUACAGUGCCCGACCAGUUCUUCGCUGAGGUGAACGUGACCAAGGGCCUGGGUCCGGCCUAUUACCUGGGCAAAUUCGACGGUCUCUUCGGUCUGGCCUUCGAUACGAUCAGUGUGGAUCACCUUAAGACCCCGUUCCACCGCAUGAUCCAGGAGGGUCUGAUCGACGAGCCAGUCUUCGCCUUUUACUUGGGUGACCACAAGGAUGGUGAGUUAACCUUUGGAGGAGUGGAUAAGGCUCACUAUAAGGGGGACCUCGAGUAUGUGGAUGUCACUAGUGCUACCUAUUGGUCGGUCAAGCUCGAUGCAGUCGAGACGAAGGGAGAGAAGCUGACGGACGUGGACAAGGCCAUUGUCGACUCUGGCACCUCGCUCAUCGCUGGACCCAAGGACCAGGUGGCCAAGUUGGCGGCGCUGGUGGGUGCUCACAAGUUCAUUAUGGGCGAGUACCUCAUCAGCUGCAGCGCUGCAGCACCCGACAUCUCGUUCGUGCUCAAUGGCAAGUCCUAUACGCUGACUAAGGAAGAGUACACGCUCAAGAGCGGCCCGAUCUGCCUCUUCGCCUUCAUGGGCAUCGACAUCCCGGCUCCCGCCGGCCCGCUGUGGAUCCUGGGCGACGUCUUCAUGCGCAAGCACUACACUGUAUUCGACUGGGGCACCGACUCCCGCAAGCCACGCGUUGGCUUUGCACUCGCCGCUUAA